GACAUAAACCUGGAUUGUAUCUGAAGUUGGACUCCUGUCCAGUAUGUGUACCGGUCUGAGUAUAUCGGUGAAAUGUGUAACAAUAAAAGGUGUUCCUGUCUCUUCUCGUGCUACACUGCACUACCUGCAUGACUCACUCUCCGCUGCCGCCGCCCCGGCUGAGACUCGCGCUUCGAAGCGGUCACAUGUGAGUUUCCUGGCCCCUUCUUUUAG